AUGGUUUCCAUCACCGCGCUUCUUAUACGAUCGCUGAAACACGCGCCGCCAGCCAAGAGGCUGCCAGAGCUGCCAGAGCUGGUCCUAGUGCAAAUCGCCCGCCACCUCUUGAUCGACAGCCCAGGGUCCGGGGGCACUGCGCGGCUGGGUCCCAUCCAGCGCCAACUGCUGCCGCUGAUGGCCGUCUGUCGCCUCUGGCGCAACGCCGCGGCUCCCAUGUACUACAGCGACGCGUACCUCGACCUAUCGAUACCAGCGCGCGAGCACGCAGCCGCCCAGCAUGUCGACAGAAUAGUGGAGCUUGGAUACGCGCGGUUUGUCCAGCGGCUGCGCAUCGGCCUGAUGCCUAGUGUGUUUGCCGACCGCACACAGCUGGCGUAUCUCCGAGAUGUGCUGAUACCGGGACGGUUUGUGCGCGCGCGCACGCUGAUUGUGUGCUUGGAGGGCACACAGUGGGACCACAUAGCAAAAGCAGACGGCGCACGUGAUGUAUGCCAGCUGCUGGUACAGACCGCGCCCACGGCAACGGGGCUGGUCUUUGCCAGCCAGUUCGCAGCCAGUCUGCACAGGGAUUCGGAUGCAUUGGCGUUGUUGCAGAGUCUGGAGCAGGGGAAGCGCGAGCUGAGCGUGCUUGUCACCCCCGCCACUGCAUAUUCUGCUGUCCGGGAAAUGCAGGUGCCGAGCGGGCUGGUGCGGCUGGAUGUCAGUGCAGAUGCGUUCAGCAGCAGUGUGCUGGUGGAGCUGCUGUCCAGAAACGCACAAACACUGCAGGCUGUUGAUCUGGCGCACCUGACGGUUGUCCAGCUCGGUCUGCUAUGCAGCAAGGCGGCUGUGUUCCCCAGGCUGCGCAGACUGAAAUGGUCGAUGCUCGUGGACACCGAGGUCAAUCGGAUUGCGCUGGGCGGCGAAACUCCAUUCCCUUCGCUGACGUCGCUGACUGCCACAAACCUCUACCCGUUUGCCGACAGCACGCUGCUCCUUGGGUGUGCCUUGACCUUGCGGCAUCUCUCGCUGGCCGUUGACGAGCCCAUGCUCGAGCAGCUAGCGUCUGCGGGCGCACUGGCCGCCGGCACAUACCCGCAGCUACAAAGCCUCAAAAUGCACCACGUGUCGCACAGCAUCCGGCCGAUUCCCGAGCGCCUGUUCUCGCAAGUCUGCAACAUGGCACGGGGUGCCAGCACAGUAUUCACAUCCAUGUUUGGCACCGACACCAACCAGGCCAUCGAGCUGAUGGCGACGAGCGCGAGUGUCAGGCACUUGCGUAUUCCAGGUCAGCAUCUGGAUCUGAAGCAGUUUGCGCUGGUCGCCAGACUGUAUCCGAACCUGGAGUCGGCGUUUUUCCAUUUCUCAGAGUCCUUUGACUGCUCGCACGUCAAUGCGCUGCGCGACAGCGGCGUUAGGCGGAUGCUGGCCAGCGUGCGGAUCGUCUCAAAAAUAACCCUUCUUGAGCUCAACUCGCCGGUUCACGGCCGGUACUGCCCCACAUGCACCGGCGAAGGCGCGGUCUUGCUGGCAGCGUUUUUGCCGCAGCUCCAGGACAUCCGGAUCCAUGUGGCGGCACGGAAUGUGUGUCGGACUGUGUUUGACUCGCUGGUCAGGGCACACAAGCGAUCGGUAUAUAAGGCUCGGCCGCAUGUGAGACGGCUACGGCUCAAUGUCAUUGCGGAGGGGAUGCAUUUGAAGAACUACUAG